UUAAAGUCCCGUGUGGUCCGGAGAGGAGCGCCCAGUUCCCCGCGUGCGCUGCCGCGUGGCCAGCACUCACCAUGCAGCCACUGGUCCUGCUGUUCUGGGGCGGCCUCGUGCUCCCAGGUUGCACAGCCCUGGUGGGCCCAAAGGAGAUCAGAGGGUUCGAAGGUGACACUGUGUCCCUGCAGUGCACCUACGGGGAAGAGCUGAAGAUGAACAAGAAAUACUGGUGCAAGGAGGCUGGGUUACUGAUCUCCCGCUGCUCUGGGACUAUCUUCUCGGGAGAAUAUGGCCAAGAUGGCAGGGUGUCCGUCCACGACAGCCCCCAGGAACUCAAGUUCAAGGUGACCCUGAGGAACCUCACCCUGAAGGACACGGGGAAGUACUGGUGUGGGGUCCAAAGAGUGGGCUUUGAUAAGUCUUUCUUGGUCUCUCUGUCCGUCUUUCCAGCUUCUUCUGGUCUCCACCUGACAGUCACCACAGCCAAGCAGGGGAAGACAGGGACCAAGGCAUCUCCGUUCCCAGGGACCUCCCUGUACAAGCACACAGCAGCCUCUCCGUACACAGGGACCUCUCUGUAUGCAAAGACCUCUCAUCACCCAACAACCUCUCCGUAUUCAGGGACCUCUUCUCAUCCAACAAUCUCUCUGUAUGCAAGGACCUCUCAUCACCCAACAACCUCUCCGUAUGCAGGGACCUCUUCUCACCCAACAACCUCUCUGUAUGCAAGGACCUCUGCUCACCCAGCAAACUAUCCUCCUGCAGGGACCUCCCGCCCAGCUACCCAGCUGGACUCCACCUCAGCAGAGGAAGCCAGUUUUGUCCCCAGCAGCAGCAGCUCCGAGCCCAGGGUGUCCAUCCCGAUGAUCCGCAUCCUGGCCCCUGUCCUGGUGCUGCUGGCCCUGCUGCUGGCCACAGGCCUGGCUGCCCUCGGCAGCUACGUGCUCCGGCAGAGGAGGGAAGCUCAACAGGAUACGAAGACACAGAAGAAGGAGAAGAUCCACCUCUCCCACCAGGAAGCAGCUGCUGUUGUCUCAGGAAGCUCAAUGAGACCAAAGGUGAUGGACGAAGUAAGGAAGGGUCUGAGAGAUGGACAGAGGGACUGCCACAGCCACCGCCAGAGCCCUCCUCCUGGCUCUGCAUCCUGGGGCUCACAGAAGGGGGGCUGGGGCUCUCAUCCCCCCAGCCAGAUUGCACCCGAGGAAUUCUGUUCUGACUCUUACCUUGUUCCAGUAAGAAGAGCCAGCUGUGUGACUUCUGCCGCUGGGGAGCAUCUGGGCCUCGAAGUCCUCUGUGAUCAACUGCGCAGGGCUUACUGGGCCCCCUGCCAGCCCCGAGCCCUCUGCCAGCCCCAACACGGAGAUCCGGUGCCUGAGCCAGACUUCAGAGAAAGAUGGAGCCUCUUUGCAGGACCCCGAGGGAGCCAUGAGCCCGGGACCUCCCCUCCCCAAGUCUGGGGAAGAGCUGGACUUCUCAAAGAUCAUCUCAGUGUAGCUGCAGAACACCCUCCGUGAAUCUGAAGGCUGAAUUUGCACUAACUCUGAUAAAUGUUCUGCUACGGCUUCAGAGUUCAACUGACAGAGUCCAGGGCUCUCCCCCUUCCUUCCCAGCCUCUCCUGCACACCCUCGCCUGGCCUGGAAGACUUUGUCAGCCCUGGAGCCUGGCCUCACAGUUCCAGCUGGAGACUGGAACCUCCCCCAGAUGGUCACAUCCCUGGGCAGGGUGAGCUGCCGCUGAACCCUCCCCGGGGCCAGGCCAGGCUCAGGGGAUCUGGUCUGAAUUUAUAUCUGCUACUGGGACUCCCCCGGGGCCUGGAAGCACAGCAACAGGCCCCUCCCUCCUCCCCCUCCAGACCCCACCUUCUCCUCCCUUCUGUCCUCUGACUCAGGGCCAAGUUCUCCUGCAUAAGCCAGUGAGGAGGAGGGAGCCUGCUGGGUUAGACCGGACUCUGAUUUCUCAAAGCCAGGCUAUGAACCACCUGCAUCCCAGUCCCUUGGGAAGCUGGUAAAAAGAUGACUCCUGGGCCCCAUCAAUACCUACCAAAACCAUCUCUGAGCCUGGGCUCGGGACUCGGCAUUUCUCACAAGUGGCCUGGUGAUUCUAACACUUGAAUUUGUGCACUAAUGGGCAUGUUGAAGUCUCGGGUCCCUCCAGCUUAGAGAGUCUACAUUGGAUGGGUGGAGUCUCCCCUCGGCCCCUCUAGGAGCUGCUCUGCUCAGGACACCGUGACCCAGCGAGGGGCUUUCCUGGGCCUGCCUGGGUCCCGGCCCAGGUCAAGUGCAUAUUGGAAGGGGAGCCCAGGACUAGUGGGGAGAGGUUCCACUUUCUGAUCUUCUUCCUCAGCCAUGCAUUCUAGGCUUUGGAAGGAGGAUGGAGAAAAACUCAGCUCCUACCUUGUCAAGAAAGGGUUGAUUGCCUGUGGGUUCUGGCAGCUGGGGAGGGUCAGGAAAUCACAGGGUGGAGGUAGAGAUGAGUCUCUAAAAGGGGGGAGGGAGAAGACAAGGCAGGACCUUAAGGGGAAACUGAGUUUGGCUCACUGGGGGUGUGGAAAGGAAGGUAGAGUAACAGAACUACUGUUUGUUUGUUUUCUCUAUUUUCUUUGAAAAAUGAACUAGAGGCUGCUCAGUAUACAAAACUUAAAAAGGUGAGAGGGUAGAAAAAAAGAAAACAAGUCACCUAUAGUCUCACAACUGCCCAGAGACAAUUGUUAAUCAUCUUUUAUUGUAUUUUUUCUCCACAUCACUUCUGAUGUUCUUUUACAAAUUAUUCUGUACAUACAACUUUAUAUCUUGCUUUUCCCACUUUAUUAUUAUAUCAUAAACAUUUGUUUUUACAUACCUUUCAUAAAUUAAAUGUUUAUCCACUGUGUAA